GACCUGGACAGCGAGAUUCCGCAGCACGUGCUGGACGACAUCCACUCGCACCGUCGGUUCAUCUGGUGGUCGCUCGUGUUCCUGAACGGGUCCGUGCUGUGGGCGUACUACUCGGGUUUGUCGGCGCAGAGCUACUACGAGACCAAGUUCAAGGCGGCCAAGUUCAACUUUGCCUACCUCACGACGCCCGUGUCGACAUGGCCCAUGUUUGUCGGCCAUGCGCUCCAGCUCUUCUUCGGGUGGGACAAGAAGGUCGGGAUGUGGCCCCGCGUGAUCGUCGGGUACGUGCUCUUCAUCGUGUGCGCGCUCGUCAUCUUGGCGCAAGAAGCGUUCAACACGUCCCCCAACACGGGCGCGGUCCUCGUCCUCGUCUCGCUCGGGUCGAUCGGCGCCAUCAACACCCUGACCGAGUCGGCAUUCUACGCGCUGUCGGCGCUGUUUCCCGACUCGUCCUUCACGACGGCGAUCCAGGUUGGCAACGGCACGUCCGGCGUGAUCAACAUCACACUCAACACGAUCAUUCGUCUGCUCGUGGGCGGGACGAACCCGGCCGCCGAGGACAACGCGUCGAUCAACUCGCUGUCGUUUUACAUCUUUUUCGGGAUCCUCAUCCUCGUGUGUCUCCUGGCCAUGUUCGUCUUCACGCGCUUGAUCAAGGUCGACGGCAUCAAGUACCUCAUCGAGCGCAACAACGCCGAGACCCGCCGCCGCGCCGCCAACGCGGAAACGCUCGGCAACCACGUCGGCCGCCUCGUCCGCAUCACAAAGGUCAUCAUGUUGCCGUUCGUGGCCCAGUUCAUGAUCUUCCUUGUGUCGCUCACGGUGUUCCCGGGCAUCGGGUGCUCGUCGGGAUUCCAGUACGCUGGCACGGCGUCGUGGGCCAACUGGUACUGCGCGCCAGGGAUCAUUGCCACGUACAACUACGGCGACUUUUUCGGCCGCCUCGUCGCGCCGCUGCUGCUCACGCGCAUCGACCUCAAGUGGUGCUUUGGCUUGUCCUGGUUGCGCUGGGUGUUUUUGAUCCUGCUCCUGAUCGGGUUGCCUGGGUCGGACCCGGUCACGUUUGCGGGCCCGACCAACUCGUUGUUUGCGUUUGACAACGCGCGCGGGUUUGGCCAGUUCUGGCAGCUCUUUUUGAACGUGUGGAUCGGGUUGACGAACGGGAUCUUGUCCACAAUCACGUUUGCAUUGGGGCCUCGGCUCGUGCCGCAGGAAGACCGCGAGUCGGCCGGCGCGCUCAUGGUGCUCGCGCUCUUUUUUGGCAUUUCGUCCGGCGCGACGGUCGGCUGGCAGUUUGGGUCGAACCAUUGGUUUGGCGCCUAA